AUGAGUGCAGCGUUUAGUCCGUCGUUUAUGAUGAUGCAGCGCCCACUGGGAAGCACCACUGCCUUCAGCAUCGACUCUCUGAUCGGCGGGCCACCACAGCCCAGCCCGGGACAUUUUGUGUACACCGGCUACCCAAUGUUUAUGCCGUACAGGUCAGUGGUGCUUCCGCCGCCCCCUCCGCCGCCCCCUACCCUAUCCCAGUCCGCUCUACAGCAGGGUCUCCCGGCUACUCAUCCGCACCAUCAGAUUCCCAGCCUCCAAAAUACGUUCUGCUCGAGCCUGGCUCAGGGCAUGGCGCUUACUUCCACUCUCAUGGCUACUCUUCCUGGUGGCUUCUCAACCUCGCAGCAGCAUCAGGAGGCGGCGAGGAAGUUCGGAUCUCAGUCACUUCACGCAGUUUUUGACAAAACUCAGGACAUUCGUUUGGAUGGCGAUGACGGAAAGACUUUUCUAGGGAAGGAGUCCGUUUCGCUACCACCGUUCCACGACUCAGAUCAACUGCAAUCAUCCACGGCCAGAGCCCAUGGAAAAGAAGAUGCCAAGGAGGACGAGUGCAAUAGAAAAGAUGAGAGCUUCUCAAUGGACAGCGAUUUAGACUAUAGCUCUGAUGACAACAUUACGGGUAACUCGAUGUGUCAGAAAGAGGACGGUGACGGUAAUGGCGGCCUGGACGAAGGAAUCCACGGGUCCAGUGGGGCUGGCAGCACCACAUCUACUGGCAAGAACAGACGGAGGAGAACGGCAUUCACGAGUGAGCAACUUUUAGAACUGGAGAAGGAAUUCCACUGUAAGAAAUAUCUGUCUCUAACGGAACGCUCACAAAUCGCUCAUGCCUUAAAGCUCAGCGAAGUGCAAGUCAAGAUCUGGUUUCAGAACCGGAGGGCUAAGUGGAAACGCGUCAAGGCUGGCAAUGUUAACUCCAAAACCGGGGAACCCUCUAGAAACCCCAAAAUUGUGGUACCCAUUCCUGUGCACGUGAGCCGCUUUGCAAUAAGGAGUCAGCACCAACAGUUAGAGCAAGCCAGACCAUAAUAUUGUUUACAUUAUGGGUAUAAACGGUGGACCAAAAUACAGAUUAAU